UAUCCCCUCGCCCGGGAUCCAAUCGUUUAAAACUCGGGACUUUGCAGUGACGACAGCGCAACAAAGCGAAAGUCCGAGGAACCGGCCGGGACAGGCGGGCCAUUGCGGGACUCUGCCCGGGAAGCGGGAGGGGCUUGCGAGGGAGCCGCGCUCCGGGGCUCCGCUUUGGCGCUCGCCACGCGUGGGAAGGGAGCCGGGAAGAGCCGGGCCCGCCGGCGCCUGACUCGGGGCUCUCCUUCCCUCCGGCGGCCGGCGAGCCAUGGCAGCUCCGGGGUGCUGCUGCGAGGGCCUGCGCGGCUUCCUUUUCGAGUACGACACGCCGCGGAUCGUGCUGAUCAGGAGCCGCAAAGUGGGGCUGAUGAACAGGCUGGUCCAGCUGGCCAUCUUGGCCUACGUGAUCGGUUGGGUGUUUGUGUGGGAAAAAGGUUAUCAGGAAACAGAUUCGGUAGUGAGUUCAGUAACCACAAAGGUGAAAGGAGUCGCUGUGACCAACACCUCGAAGCUGGGCCUCCGGGUCUGGGAUGUGGCAGACUACGUGAUUCCUCCCCAGGGUGAAAACGCCGUCUUCGUUAUGACUAAUCUGAUCAUCACGUUGAAUCAGACACAAGACCACUGUGCAGAGUUUCCAGAUAAGACAACCACGUGUUCCCAUGAUGAUAACUGCACGGCAGGAUACAUCGGCACUCACAGCAGUGGUGUUCAGACUGGGAAAUGUGUACCGUAUAAUAGCAGCAUCCAAACCUGUGAGGUCUUUGCAUGGUGUCCUGUGGAGGACGAUGGAAUCCUGCCCAAACCCGCUUUUCUCAAGGAUGCUGAAAACUUCACCCUUCUGGUCAAGAACAAUAUCUGGUACCCCAAGUUUGGCUUCACUAAGCGAAACAUUCUCCCCACCAUCAAUAAAACAUACCUCAUGUCUUGCAAGUACCAUGCCCAAACGGAUCCCUUUUGCCCGAUUUUCCGCCUCCGUGAUAUGGUGGAUGCCGCAGGGCAGGAUUUCCAAGAGAUGGCUGUUGAGGGUGGAGUGAUGGGGCUGCAGAUCAACUGGGAUUGUGACCUGGACAAACCUGCUUCUCGUUGCGUGCCAAAGUACACCUUCCGGCGCAUCGACAACAAGGAUUCUUCCCACACUGUCUCUCCAGGAUACAAUUUCAGGUUUGCAAAAUAUUACCAGACUGCUGAGGGCGUGGAUUCCCGGACACUCAUUAAGGCUUACGGCAUUCGCUUUGACAUUAUGGUCUUCGGGAAGGCAGGGAAGUUUGACAUUAUUCCUACAAUGAUUAACAUUGGAUCUGGCUUAGCCCUGUUUGGUGUGGCAACAGUUCUCUGUGACAUCAUUGUCCUGUAUUUCAUGAAGAAAAAAUAUUAUUACCGAGAGAAGAAAUAUAAGUAUGUCGAAGACUUUGAGUUGGGAGCCAAUGAAUGUUACGGAUCCCAGGAAGAGCGCCAGGAGUGCGGUGGUGACAGAUGACCACUCCAGAAGGGCUACUGUCAGUGGCAUCCUCUAAAUUUCAUACACGUGGAUUGUGGUGAUGAGCCUGCUGGAGUGAUCUGUCUCAGGAGGGGUUUUGAGUGGUCGGGCCUUUCUAACUGGAGGUGGGGGAAGAAACCCACUUAAAUGGUCUGCAUAUUGCUGCCCUGCCAAAGACCAGGAUAUCCACUGGAGUUAAGAGACUGUGGAAGUCGGGAUAUUUGAUGAAAAGUGGCUAACACUUUCUGUGGACGUUUAGUGUUUUUUGGGUGUGCAAUACCCUCGGAGCCUCAAGGAAUUCUGCAGACACUCUUAACUGGUGGCCUCAAAGGGGCAGGAUCGGUGCCUCUCCCUGCCUGUCCUUCCACGGGCCUUAAUCAGUGCUUGCAUGUUUCCAGAAAACAUUCCAAGGAGCUCCUACCCCGUUCUGGGAAGCUGCAUCUCUGCCACACAGCAUCCCUUUUGUCUCCCCUGUGGAGCCCUGAGCCCCACUUCGUCUGCCUCCCGCCCCCAUUUUGGCCAGCUGUUCUGCCUCCUUUCCCAGCUAGGCCCAGAAAAGGUGUAAACAGGCAUAUUCUUAUGCAGCAAGUACUAAUUGUGAAUAUUGUGCCUUGGGAGCAUUUUAGACACUAAAUUCGGGAAAGGUUCUAGGAAAAUUCCUAAAGCUCCGAUCCCAGUAUUCUAAGAGGAAAAGAACAAUCUAUGACACUGGAAUACGAUGAAAGUGCAGACCCCCCCCCCUUUCUGCUCCUCCCGUUACUUUUUGGGUCCUCCAGGGUUCAGUUUUAACCUUAAUGUUUGAUGGAAUAUAGACGCACCUACACAUUUUGCAGAGUGCAGGGGGCCUAUACACAGAAACCAAAAACCGACAAAAGAGUCCAAUUAUUUAUUUUUACAGAAUAAAAGAUGUUGGAAAGCA